AGCCGCGCCGGGGGGCCUCCCCGCUGGAGGGGCGCCUCUGGGCAGGCGAGCGCGGCGAUGUGGCCCGCGUGGGGCGCCCCCGAGCUGCGCGCGGCGCCGCGGCGGCAUGCCCCGCCGCCGGCCAGCUCUGGCUGGACCUGCGCGCGCGCAGCAACGCGGCCUCGGUGGCCGGGAAGAUUGCCGCGGGGUCGGCCAGCCUGUCCGGGGAGCUGCAGUGCCCGGACGUCGGGGCGGCGCUCCAGGAGCUCUUCGUGGGUGUCAAGGCGAGGCUCCAGGGCAUCGGCGCCUCGCUCCCGCAGGGCCAGGGUGUCGACGGCAUCCUCGUGGAGGAGGAUCGGGACGUCCAGGGGGAGGCGCAGGCGAGGUACGCCUCGUUCGGAGUGCCGAUCUACUACUUCCAGGCCCUGGAGAAGGCCGUCGAGCCCCCCGUCGCGCCGGACGGCAGCCGCAUCAUCGGCCUCGCCCGCGCCGCCCUCGACGGGGGCGUGGUAGCGGGCGUCUCGGUCAUGGCCUCGGCGCCCCUUCAGACGGGCCCCAUGCGGGAGGUGAAGGACCCCCCGACAUCUGGAGGCCCGCGGCCUUUGAGGCACAGCCUCCCGCGGAUGGCGAGAUGCCGCUGGGCAAGUCGAUGCCCAAGGAUGCGAAUGGGCAGCCAUUGUCUCCCGAUGAGUUUGUUGAACGGAGUGAGAGCUGCAACCUAGUGGUCGACGGCUCGGCUACCCAGUAUUCGAUUCUUGAGCUCAACCGUGCUUCUUUCGCGGGAGUCUAUUUGGAACCAGGGGACGUUUACCAGGUUCGGACCCGCUUCAUGGCCACCGUGUGGCCAGUGUUGCACCAGACGCCCCAGGCGGCUGAACAUUUGGGCCUGGCCACUGCUUGUGCGUUUAGUUCGGGCAUGACUUCCCCUUUCAGUGAUUGCAAAGGGGCCGUGCGGUUGCAUAACCUCUCGGACGAGGCGCAGCUUUGCCCGCGUGAAAUGUUUGCUGGCUUUCGACGUGCCGCGCAGCAGUCACCUGGUUUUGAUGCCCUGGGGGAGGCCCAGCAUACGCCCGCCCAUAGGUCGGAUGCUAUUAUACAGGCCCUUCCCCCAGACCAGAAGCGAAUAGCUUUAGCCAACCAGGAUGCUGACCGCCUGGCUAAGUAUGCCCUCUCGCUUCAUCCUCAGCCUGCAUCUGCUGAUCUGGAGAUGCUAGAUAGGCAGGUGCAGGCCCUUCGAGCAUGCGCGCCAAUGUUCGGGAAGGUGCUCUCUCUUUUUCCUAAGGUGCACUUUGAGAGACCCCCGAAAGAGAAGAGGUUGCCUAGAGUCCCUCACCCGCCUGACUGGCAUAAGUGGGACGAGCUCAGUGGCGAUCGACCUGCUUUCAGGUGCAAUAGAUGUUUCAGGAUUUCGUUUGAGGGCGAGUCCCGCCCGAUGAAUGGUCGCGGAGGUUUGUCCACAGCACUGAGACGCCUCCAGGGUGCUGAGACCGAGCGGCAACAUAAGCUGGGUUUUGCCAUCCUGCACAAGACCCAGAGGCCGCUGUUUUUCUGUUUUGCCCGCGGUGCUUACACCAGCAGGCGAUGUCACUUGCUAGGUCAGACCUGCGUCAAGAAGCUGAGCACUGCUGGUGAACAGGUGCUCACACGACUGCAGGCUGGCCUCCACCCUCAUUACAGAAAGAACACUGAGGGUGAUGACUCGCUGGCGUCUGCUAGAGCGCCGUCGAAGUCGGUGCUUCUUGCCCCUCCUGGCCCUCUCGCUGCGGGGUCGUCUCGCUUGGUCGACUCCGACCGCUUGCGAGCGUUCGCAGCCCGCAUCCAGGCCAAGGAGGAGGCAUCCAGGCGCUAGCUGCUGCCUGAAGCUGACGUUCUGCCGCAAGGUCGUCCCGUCCUCCUCCUCCUCCUCCUCCUCCUUCUGACCCUCACUCCCCUCCCCCUCCGCCCUCUUCCCCCCUUGUCCCCCCCCUGCUCCUCAUCCCCCUGCUCCCCCACCGCUGCUGCCUCGGUAUCGCGCGGGCUGGUCUUCUGCGGGCGAGGGGGGGGGGGGCGCGCCGAGUCGCCCCUCGGGCACUAGAAGGGGCGCCGAGGGGAAGGGGCCCCUGGAGCUUGUUGCUUUUGGUCCUCUGGCGUAACGGUCGCUACCAGAGCCGGAUGCCACCUCUCAGGAGCGG